AUGGCAAUACUGACACAGCAAUCGUGCCACAUUAAGACUGCCACAGCAAGACCACCACAGCAAGACUGCCACAUCAAGACCACCACAGCAAGACUGCCACAGCAAGACCGCCACAUCAAGACCGCCACGGCAAUACUGCCCCAGCAAGACUGCCACAGCAAGACCACCACAUCAAGACCGCCACAUCAAGACCGCCACGGCAAUACUGCCCAAGCAAGACUGCCACAUCAAGACUGCUACGGCAAUACUGCCACAUCAAUACUGCCACAUGAAGAUUGCCACAUCAGGACUGCCACAGCAAUGCUGCCACAGCAAGACCGCCACAUCAAGACCGCCACAUCAAGACCGCCACAGCAAGACCGCCACAGCAAGACUGCAAUAGCAAUACUGCCACAGCAAGACCGCCACAGCAAGAUCGCCACAGCAAGACUGCCAAGGCAAUACUGCCACACCAAUACCGCCACAGCAAGACCAUCACAGCGAGAUUGUCACAGCAAGACAACCACAGCAAGACCACCACAGCAAGACUGCCACAUCAAGACCACCACAGCAAGACUGCCACAGCAAGACCGCCACAUCAAGACCGCCACGGCAAUACUGCCCCAGCAAGACUGCCACAUCAAGACUGCCACAGCAAGACCACCACAUCAAGACCGCCACAUCAAGACCGCCACGGCAAUACUGCCCAAGCAAGACUGCCACAUCAAGACUGCUACGGCAAUACUGCCACAUCAAUACUGCCACAUGAAGAUUGCCACAUCAGGACUGCCACAGCAAUGCUGCCACAGCAAGACCGCCACAUCAAGACCGCCACAGCAAGACCGCCACAGCAAGACUGCAAUAGCAAUACUGCCACAGCAAGACCGCCACAGCAAGACCGCAACAUCAAGACAGCCACGGCAAUACCGCCACAGCAAGACCGCCACAGCAAGACUGCCAAGGCAAUACUGCCACAGCAAGACCGCCACAUCAAGACAGCCAUAG